AUGGAGUCCUCGAAAAAAAGAACGAAAGUGAGUAGGCUAGCCGCCGAAACCUUUGCAGCGUUGGAUGCAAUGGAAGAAAAUAUGCGAGAACUUGGCAUCGGCCACAACGGUGCCGAGGAUCCAGUUAAGGGGGAUUACAUCGAUGGAAGAUGCUCCACAUAUAUGAAGAAAAUACGCGCUAGGAAAGAUGAACAACAGAAGCUGCGAGCGGAGCGUAUUUUGCGCGAGUUUAUGGCUGGGGCCCAGUCUGGUGAUGACAACGACAGACAGGGACCAAUCGAAGACGUUGAAAGAACAAAGGUAAACCGCCUGUUGGAACAAGCUACCACAUUACUGAAAACGGAGCGUGUGGAUGCCCAUCGCGUGGUGGAGUUGCGUCUUGCUGAAGAACUAAAGCAGCAGCUGCGAAGCGAGCAGAUUCACAAGUAUCGCACGCUUGAUCAGAAUUUUGAAACGAUCCCUAUGCCACCCCAUAUGGAGGGUGAAAAAGUUGCUACAACGUGCGUGAUCCCCCCUGCGAUCGACUGCGAGACCGCUGAUGCUCGAAAAGUGUCGAACGACAAGUUUGUAAGGAGGUGCAGCUCCCCUACCCAAUCAACAGAAGAGCAUUGCCGUGCGUUGGCCAAGGGUCUAGUUGAACUGGCGUUCUGUGUGUCUAACAACCGUUUUUUGAGUGCGGAGGAUAUUAACGGGAGGCCAGUGCGCCGCCUCGUGCAGGACCUUCCUGUUACGACGUGGCGGACAUGGGUGCGGAAGUAUCUGUGGGGUCUCGAAGAUGAGGCGGGUCAAUCACGAGGCCAUCCAGGCCAGGGGUCCGAGCACAGCGUUCCCGACAUACCCUUACUUGAUGCAAAGUCCCCAAGCGUGUCUGAGCCACUGUCGCCACAGGGUUCGAAGCUACGUGGUGAGGAAGGUCGAAACGUGGCUCACGAACAUUUAGUGUUUGCUGCAGAGCAGAUGGGUAGCCACCUCUCCGACAUACAAGCAAAGGCAGUGGAGGAAAGUCUAGAAGGUCUGAGAGUGGAAGAGGAACGACUGCGAAGAAGCUUACUUGACGAUAUUCGACGGCGGUUCGAUGAAAGUCAGCGGGCUACCGAAGAUGGUGGGGCGUUGGGGAGCAGAACGGGUACUGCAGCAGACACCGUGAGUAAUGCUACUGUUGUGCAAAACUGUAGUCCCUCCACUCUAAGGAAGGAAAUUAUUCCUGGAUGGAUGCACCGCAUGCCGCCCGCUGGUUGUUUUGUAUUUGGGGACGAUUUGAGCGGAGUAUGUCUUUGUGCUGAUAAUAUUGACCGGAUCUACACCGCAUCCGUAUCAAAUUCUUCCCCCAUAAGGCGCCCUAGCCAGGUAUGGGGCACUACAGAGGACUUGAGCUCGUCCCUCAGCAUACACAACGCUGGUACGCCUUUAGGACACACUUCUCUUGGGGUUUCAAAGGUCGAAGAUGGGUACCAAAAAGUAUUUCUGACCCCUCGCAUUUUUCAGGCGGCUGGAAGAACUUCCUUUACAUCUCGUAAUCGCUUGGGGAUCGCUAAUAUUGCGAACCUCCGAAACAUUUUGCGCCGCACCUCACUUCAUACUUUUGAGGAGGAUGACCACCGUGAACUUGACACCAUGGCGGACCAGCUUUGCCAUGAGUUGGUUAACACCCACUUACACAAUCUCCAUGUCCUCACCUCUGGUCUAGUCCCCCCGAUUCGAUGGACCCUUGGCUCACCGUGUCAGGUUAAGGAACAGCCGCAUGGGAAUACCCCACCCGCUACUCCUAUAGACGAGUCUAACGCGUCAGGUGAUCCGAUGCCGCCCCUCCGUUGCUUGUUUCUAUUCAACUUUCCGAACUGUGUGCCUUUUUAUCGCCUUCUGCAACAGAAAUUGCAGACCGCCCUUGAGUCUGCAGAGCUUUUUGUGCAGCGCGCUGUCCGGCGUCAAUCCCAGAAUUGCUUAGCGGAAUUCAACCCCAUCUCCAGUCCAGUGCCUGCAGUCCUUCUACGUGGUUCGGGGAACUACGGGGGCGGUAAAAUGAGAUCCACUUCCGUAUCCACCAGCCACGCCUCAUUGCAGCGAUCCAAAGGGGUUCGAGCCGGAAGCGGACGUGGCAAGGGCAUCCGAACCACUAUGAGUCUCGCCAUGGUCGAUAGUAAUUCAAGGGAUGACAAUACCACCACAGAUGGCUCGCCGGUAGUUCUUCCGCCUCUCUGCGUUCUAGGAUUUUUUGUGGAGUAUAACCUUCCUACGCGGCAACGCCGACUUCAGGAAGCGUACUUUCACCUCCCAGAUACCUCUGGCGGAAGGAACUCAGAUGGCACAGCCGAUACCGUGUCCUCCAGCAAUACAGGGGUAUCCUCUCAACCAAUUUAUCACAAUACGUUCCGUCCUGAGCUCCCAGUGACGGGAUUAUCAAGCAAAGAGGCUAAUGUGAUCUCACCGAUGCGAAUCACUUUGCCCUUGUCUGGAGGCAUCUCGCCCCAGACACUGGAUCCCAAAGUCUGUAAUAAUCCCACAAGUCUCGCAGUUUCAAGUAAUGGUGGUGUUAGCUUCAAAAAGUCCCGAACAGUGCGCGUUCAGGAUUGGAGUGCGAGCUGUCUGCGCCGGGAGCUUCUCGUGGAAGACAUGAACAUGAAGCGAUGGCAGGAAGAUUGGAAAAAUGCUUUCGAACCGGCAACGUCUACCGUAGCCUCGGAACCAACACUGACAACCACCACACAGGUGGGCCGGGGGACUAACUCAAACCCCCUACACAGUCAUAGCAAGCAAUCGAGCAAAAAGAAAGCAACCAACGCUUCGCAAAGUACAAACGACGGAAGUGGCGUGAGCACUUCCCUACAAAAUGAUCAUGAAAAACUCAACUUGGCAGCACAAGGCACCCCGGAUGGAAACGAAUGUGGCAAUACUGCGGAGGCUGCCAUCACGGCCGUAAACUUCCCACGUGUACUAUUCUUUUUUCGUAAGGAGGAAUUUAACUUCAGUGCAGUUCCAUCCAAGAACGACUCCAAUGGCGAGUUGGACGGAACGCUUUGGGCGGAAGGAAUAAAGUCGCCCCCAUCUCAUCCGCACGAAAGUACAGAGGAACGGAUGAAGUCGUGUGAGUAUCUGAUAUCUCGAGUCACUGAGACUGUGCGUAAUUCAUCUUUUUCAGAUAAACUCUUCACAAAUGAAAGCCUAUGCCCACAUCAGCUACCGACGCCCUUGCGGUUGAGCGAUUAUCGACUGCCAUCAUUAGCCUGCGGCGAGCUCGUGCAGGCGUAUCGCACCCAAUCCUCUACCUACCCAACGCUCCCAUUACCAUCAGAGCACAAAGCGGUAGAUGAGGUCACUCGAAUAGAUGCGUUUCAAGCUGAGGUAAGUGUAUUUGGCUGUUUGAUACGCUUCUUGACGCGGCUGCUCCACCUUCUUAGGGAUACUGCCUUUCUUCGACUCUUAUGCUGCGAGAAAGUGGAUGAUAAAUUGAAGCAGACAGCCACGCUGACGUCAACAAGAACCUGCGGCAAUAGCAAGACGAUAUACUACUCCACUGUAGAUCGCAGCUUCCAGGAGGCUCAAACCAUAGCAAAGGCUACUGUGGAUGAAUACAGACAAGAAUUAAUGGCGGCCUGUUGUAUAUGGCUAGAGCGACAACUCCUCAUUGGUCUGGAGACUACGGUAGGCGGAUUGGAAAUGAUGAUAUCGGAUCUGAAACGACGUCACACAGGUGGCCUCAUGGCAAGCACGGCAGAAAAAGAGUCGUGCGCGGCGCCUUCCUUGCUAAAGGUACUUCCCACACCCAGUCGCGACAAGCUGAAUGAGCUAAUCAGCCGCAUGAUUCUGGCAGCUACGCCUUCUGCCGCAUCCGACAUCUUCUGGUCAGGUCUUGAUGAGUACUUUAAGGACGUUGAAGAUGCUGCCAUAGCGUGUGUUUUAGAGAGUGUAACGUCUGGGGCUGUUGCGAAGGUUGGCAAUGAAGCCUUCGCCUCCGGCGAUCUCUCGGUUGAGCUCUUAAACAGCACGACGCUGGAUGCAUUCGUGCCGACGAUGGUCAAGGAACUUCUUGCGCGACUUUUCGCCCUUCCGCAGGUAGAACAAACCACAUCACAGGGACCCUCACUCAUAAGCUUCCAUCGCAGCGAGCAAGCUCCAGUGUCGACUUAUAUUGCGCGCUGUGGUGACCUGAUAUGCGAAGUACUGUUUUGCUUUAACAUGGGUAUGAGUGGUUCCUUCGAUUGGCUUCAGGGGAUGUAUCAAGCUGCUAUUAACAGGCCAAACGAUGGGACCUGCCCAGUUCUGGGGCGGCCUCGCACCAUGCCGGAUAUCUUUCUCCCUCCAUUCCCCAACAAUAUCUGCGGGAUCGAGAGCGAGAAAGUAAAGUCUUUAUCGACGCUCAAUGCGUGGACACACCUCAACAUGAAGCUUUUUGUCACUUCUUUUUCCAUUUUCGGGCGAUCGAUGCUCAAAGAGAACGAGUUCCUCUACGCCAAUGUUCUGACGCAGCUGGCCCGAAUUGAACAGUUAUUAGUGAGCACUAACCGCGCGGCAAGUGGUUCCAAUAACAAAAAUGAAAGGCAGGGAGACGGCACCGCGAUGAAGACGUCAUGUAGUCAUUACUGGCUUGACUCUUUUCUCCUCAACGCCCCCUGUCGAGCAAAGUUGACGACGCCAUUAAGCUUUCUGUCGCUGGAAGAGAUGCGGUAUCUUUUCAAGCAAGCCUCAAAGGUCCCAAGUGAGGAAUCCAUUCUCGCAUUGACAGAGGGGAAUGGCUUGGAGCCUAAAAUCCUUGCCAGCGCUCGGCACUUUAUCACCAGUCUCGCUCUGCGGCGCUGGUGUUUCUGCAGUCCUGAGGAUCUAAAAGGUGGGUAUCCCUGUUCGUUAGAUUUGGUGAUCCCGGAGCCCACAACGCGAGAGCUGCGUGCUGCGAUCAUGACAUUACCCGCACAGCUGUGUGGUCAGGGCCUUGAGGCCGCUUCCAUCGCGGACGCGUCGAAGUUUCACGGCGUAGACACGGAGGCGGCAUGGCAAUCGGUGCGGUGGUGGUGGCUGAAGUCCCCGAUAACUCAGCUCGCCGAUGACACCACCAAUGAAUGGGUGUGGAUACUUGAAAAUGAAGAUAUUCCCUUGAUCUUGCUGUACAUCUUGAGGUCCGAUUUUGUGCUGACGCGUGCGACGAGCAAGGAUGGGUAUUGCUGCCCUGCCUAUCCACCCUUGCGGCGAAUCCUCAAGUUAUUGACUCGAGUUGCUCACUCGAAAAUGGCCACGAUAGAGCGUACCUUCCACACGAUUGCCGCCCUGCAAAGCCGUCAGCAUAUUGCUUUGCGGAACAUCAACCGAACCUCUAUAGACACGGAAGGCGGCACCACGCCCCCACCUGCAAUGGCGGUAGACGAUCUGGAGUUGAGUGUCGAAACGUUCUGCGAAUUCUUUUCCAAUGGCUCUGAGGCCACCAAAGUGCCGCUGUCACUUGCGUGCGAUGUACAUCUCAUGCUUCAAUGGGAAGGCGCACAGGCCGUUACAUUGCCAUUGCUGCUGUCCUCACAUUGGGGACGGCUUCUUUUGGCGAACCAUGCUUUGGAUUGA